UAAACGAACUAGCUCACUGGACGAGUGUUGAUAAUCGUUAAAUGAUGAUGUGGAAUUUACAAAUUAAAUUGUUGCUUCAGUUAUUCUAACAUUUUAAAUAAUGGACAUAACGCAGCUCUUUAAGGCCAGCGUUAUGACAGUGCGGCUGCAACGCAAAACGGAACUGGCUGCGGCAACCAAAAGCAAAGCACAGCAGGACAAACAGCAACGCUCAUCAACCACCGCAAAAUCUGCCGCUGUCAAAAACGACUUUGCCAAGGAGGCAAAGAAUGUGUGCAGCAAGAUAACGACGCUCCGGAAUGUGCUGAUUGAGAAUCGCACGGCGUACAUGCGCAUUGGACAGCAUCUGAAGAGCGCCACACAUAUGACGGAUGCGCAACGCGAUCUGAUUGAUCGCGAAUCGGAAAAGUUCGUCACAUAUUACACACAACAUCUGGCAAAGAUGCGCAGCGACUGGAAGACAGCUAAGCGAAAGCCACAGGAGUGUCAGCACAUUGCAGCAGUGAUCGAUUUGCUGGUCAGCUAUCUGCACAGCGUGGAGCAGAUCUAUCUGGACCAAAAGAAGUAUCGCGCUCAACACGAACUGGAGACCUACAAACUACUCAAGCUAGCCGCUGACAAGAAGAAGAUACCAGUGCGUCCGGCGGGUGUUAGUAGCGGCAAGCUGGUCAAGCGUCAGAUCAGCCAUGACAGCGCUAAUAGCAACGAUGAGUUGAGGGCUGUGCCAGAAGAGGAGGAGGGCAACGAUUGGAACAACGACAGCUGGGCCGAUUGGGAUAAUGAGCAAGAGGCUGAGGAGCAGCAGGAAGUCGACAGCAACUCAACGACAGCCAAACAAUACAAGCCACGCACGAGGAAGCGCAGUCGACCAAAGGUCAGCGCAAGCAGCACAGACUCCUCGGCCAAAGUGGCGCUCGAUGAGGAUAUACAACAGACGGCACAACAGCUGGAGAACGAUGAGGAUGUCCUAAGUGCCGAGGAUGUGCAGUUGUUCGAGGCGGAGAACGUGCACAUUUACAAUCUGCUACAGGGCGUCUCCGAGGAGCUCGAACAAAUCGAAAAGAACGUCGUGGACAUUGCACAGCUGCAGGACAUCUUUACAGAUAAGGUGGAACUGCAACAACACAAUAUCGAUCGCAUUGUGAGCGCUGUGGUUGGAACCACGGAGAACGUCAAGGAUGCCAACGAUCAGAUACGACAGGCAACGCAGCGCAAUGCCGGCUUACGUGUGUGGUCCUUGUUCUUCUUGCUGGUGAUGUCAUUCUCAUUGCUAUUUCUGGACUGGUACUAUGAUUAAACUGCCUAAACUGUUUGGUGUAAGAAAAUGUGAAUGUGAAAAACUCAUGAUUGUUUUUGUUAUCGCAAUCUAUAACAUAAUUUGUUUAUUACAUUAUUUAUAUUUAAAAUAAAAACAAAUUAUAAACAA